CGGGCACCGGCCGGCCGGGGCUGCCGCUCAGCUCGCCGCCUCCCCUCGGCCGGCGCGGAGCUGCUGCGGCUGAAGGCAGCCCGGAUCGAGCCCGCGCGCGGUCGGAGAGAACUGCGGCAGCCGGCGAGGCCGGCGGGGCGCCUGGCCGAAGGCGGCGGGGGGGACGAGGCGCCUCUCGCCGCCUCUCUGGGUCGCCGCCCGUUAAUCUUGGAAUCGCAUUGCCGCCCCCUCCCUCCCCCCGCAAGCUACAGGAAGAAACUUUGGAGACAAAGAUUUUCGAUCUGGACUAGAAAAUGGUGUUCUGUUGUGUUACUGAACACUAUAAAACCAGGAGUGGUCAAAAAGAUCAAUAGAUUGUCAACUCCCAUUGCAGGUCUGGACAACAUUGCUUUGUUCUUACGAGGCUGCAAGGAACUGGGCCUUAAAGGAUCUCAGCUUUUUGACCCGGGAGAUCUGCAGGACACAUCAAGCAAAGCAACAACUAAGAAUCUUGAUGGUAGCAGGAAGCUGAAAAAUGUUUUAGUCACCCUGUACUGGCUGGGGAAGACCGCAAACAGCAGCACUUCUUACAGCGGAGCGACGCUGAACCUGAAGGAAUUUGAGGGAUUGCUAGACCAGAUGAGAAAGGAGACCGAGGAUGUCGAGAGCCCCAAGCGCAGCAUCCGUGACAGUGGCUACAUAGAUUGUUGGGACACGGAACGGAGCGAUUCUCUUUCUCCCCCUUGCCACGGUAGAGAUGAUUCUUUUGACAGCCUGGAUUCCUUUGGCUCUCGCUCCCAGCAGACGCCAUCUCCAGAUGUGGUGCUGAGGGGAAGCAGUGAUGGCAGAGGAAGCGACUCUGAAUCCGACUUGCCACAUCGAAAGAUUCCAGACAUGAAAAAAGACGAUAUGUCUGCCAGGCGGAUCUCCUGUGGGGAACCCAAAUCAGUUGUGCCUUUUAAUCAAUACCUCCCCAAUAAGAGUAACCAGACUGCCUACAUACCGGCUCCUCUUAAGAAGAAGAAAGCGGAACGAGAGGAGUAUAGGAAGAGCUGGAGCACGGCUACGUCGCCUCUAGGAGGAGAGGCACCUUUCAGCAAGAGCCGUCCUGAAGCAAUUGGAGAAGAGGGAAGUGACGCACUGGCGCAAUUGGAAGAGGAAUUCUCGGGCAAUGGGAACCCCCCUGGUCGGACAGACCCGCGCCUAAGUGCAAGAGGCCCUUUACCGCGGUCUCCUACACGUUCUGCAAACAAAGCUGCAGGGUCCAGAAAUGCCGAAAAAGAUCCCCAAAAAUUCAGAAAGUUAAGACAGCUUGAACAGGCCGGUAUUAAGGUCAUGUCAGCAGCGCAGCGCUAUGGCAGCAGUCAAAAGCACAUAUAUGAAACGAGUGACCCUACUCCAGACAUUAUCCUCCGCAAAGAGAACCCUUUUAUCUUGUGCUAUCAACGAAAGGAUACUGGCUCUGAAGACGAACGAGAUGAGAGAAUGCCUGAUCUAGAGAAGGAUGAUUUUGCCAUACGGAGAGCCAAACUAAAUCAACCCAAAUGUACAUUGCCCUUUAGCCAGUAUCUGCUUGGACCCUAUACAAAGAAAGAGCAAGGUGAACGGGGAAAAGGAAAGAAGCAGAAGAUGAAACAGGAGUGUGCAAGCGGGGACCGGGCUUCGCCGAAGAAAGUGGCCCUGCAGGAAGAGAAACCUUUCCUGCAAUCUCGGGGAGAGGAGGACCUGUCUAGACGGAAAACGCAGGCUAGCCCCUCUCAACUGGACCUGUCAGUGCUUACCAAAGGUUGUCUAACACAAGCAGACAAAGAGACGUGGGACCGGCUGAAAGUUUCAGGGGAAACCAGUGAUGAGGAACUGAUAGACACUCAAGAUACUUUUCUGUCCUCUGAAACGGCAGUGGAAGCUGCCAAUCGAAAUGAUUUUGCAAGCCACAGAGCAAGAAUAUACAAGAAGGCUUCCAGCCCCAGGCAGAGGUUUGUGCACUUUGGGCCAGUGACAGAAAUUGAGCAUCAGAAAUGGGAAAACCUUCCCACUGCCAAUGUGGAGGCUAAAGAUGACCUGGAAAAGGCAGCCAAUAGGGAAAGAACUGGGGCUGUUGAGACUUCAAAUGAACCCUCAUGCUCUGAAACCCAUGUUGAGUCCAUUGGUCAUGAAGAAACACACAGACCGCACGCCGAUACCAGUGAAAUGAUAUGGUCCAGUAAGGAUUCAUAUAAUUCAGACGUUUGUGCUGAUUCUGGGAAACAAACACUCAGCAGUUUGAAUGAAUGGCAUGAAAGCAGUGAUGAAGAGUUGGAUGGUAGCUUCCCAGAUAUUGAGAGAGAUGACAUGUUGGCCAGGAGAUUUGGAACGUUUCAGAAAUGCUCUAGUCCAGUUCGUCCAUCUUGUCCUCCCAUUUCAGUAGUCGGUCACCAUCCAUUGAAACAGCAAGGAAACAUUACUCUUCGGAAGAGUUCACCCAAAGCAGAAAGCAUUAUUAUAACUGACACAGUAAGCACUGAAAAGUAUCCAGAGAUUUGUGCAGAACGUCCCGAAAGAGUUGCAUUGUCACUGGAACACGCUCUGGAGCAAGACAGACAGAGUCCCCCUAGUAUAAUACAAGCGGAUGCACCCUCUCCUGCUCCUAAGGACGUGUUUGAUCCUGAACUAGUCCAGCCAGCUCAUUUGUCUGCUGAGAUGCAGGGAGCUCUUGAAAGAACUGGCAAAGAAUUUACUUCACUCAAAGAUGACCACACACAAAUAUUCGGCUCCAGAACUCCUGUGUCUGAUGACGCAGAGAGCGUGAGCAUGUUUGACAUGAGAUGCUCAGAUGACUCUGCAGUGAUGCAGCCACACAGCAAAGCUCGACACGAGAAGCUGCAGGCCGUUCACCACCAACUAAAAGAAGAUGACGAUCAGUGGCAGGACGACUUAGCCAGGUGGAAGAGUCGUCGGAGAAGCGCAUCACAGGAUUUGUUGAAGAAAGAAGCGGAGAGAAAGAAGAUGGAACGGUUGCUGAGCGCAGGUGAUGGGACCAGCGAGCGGAGAAAAAGCAUCAAGACUUACAAAGAGAUUGUAGAAGAGAAAGAGAGGCGAGAGAGAGAGCUGCAUGAGGCAUACAAGAAUGCCAGAUCACAUGAAGAGGCCGAGAACAUACUCCAACAAUAUAUCGAGAGGUUCACCAUUAGCGAAGCUGUGCUUGAACGUCUGGAGAUGCCAAAAAUUCUGGAGAGAAGUUAUUCAGCCGAGCCAAAUUCAACUUCCUUGCCUAAGGACCCAAACCCUCUGAGAUACUUAAGGCAACAGUCACUCCCUGCCCCCAAAUACACUGCCAAGGUAGAGGCAACCAUUGUUCCCACCAGUGAACCAGAGGCCAGCAUUUCGUCAGGCUGCGCCUCUCCCAGCAAGCCUUUCGUCUCCAAGGCUGUUCCUGUGCUGACGCCCAAGCCUUACUCACAGCCCAAAAGCACGCAGCAGGUUUUGAAAAGCUUUAAGGUCGAUAGAAAAGUCAGCAUGAAUGGAGACACCUUCAAUGGAGUGGAAGAGGAAAAAGAGAGAGAAUACGCGGCAUUAAUAUUUGCCCCUUCCCCAAGUCAAUCGCCGAACUCUGACAAUGUGAUGGAAGAGGACGGCGCUUCGGAGGUGAAGUUGGACUCCUCGAGCACUGAGCUAGUUCUGAAGAGGCUUAUUGAGCACAGCAAGAUCAGAGAGAAAACCGGCUCCUUGUCCGAAGAAUCUAAACAAAUAAAUCAAAAAGACAAAUCAAGUUCAGAAGGAGCAUCUCCAGUGGGAUUAACUUCAGACCAUAAAGAUUUCAACACAGCAGUUUCUUGUGCCAGCCCUACAGUGGCCACUGUGGAAUUCUCCUCCCUCAGUAAUCAUUCCAAGGAAAUGGGUUCAAAUGAUGACCUGAAGAAACAGGAGGCAGAGAAACAAAAGGAUGCAGAGGCACCCGUUACUCAGAAGGCGGAAGAUCCGGAGCAAGAUGGGAACCGGGCGUAUCCGUCUGUGCAGAAGGUACCCGAGUCGAGCCGGACUCUUUUGCAGAAUUCUACCUUACAAGCUGACACCGAGAGCAAUGAGAAGACAAGUCAUUUUGGUGGCUGGUGUUGGGAUCCCGAAGAAGAGCGGAAGCGGCAACAGCGAUGGCAACAUGAACAGGAGCGCCUCCUUCAAGAAAGGUAUCAGAAAGAGCAGGACAAGUUGAAAGAAGAAUGGGAAAGAGCCCAAAAAGAAGUUGAAGAGGAGGAGCGCAGAUACUAUGAAGAGGAGCGCAAGAUCAUCGAGGACACCGUGGUUCCAUUCACGGUCACUUCAAACUCCACUGAACCCUUUUCCACUUCUUCCUCUGUGACUGAUGGAAAUGGGGCAAUGAACAUACUAGAUCUGAGCAACUCUGAAGAGACAGAUAAGCAAAAGGAAGAGAAAACACCAAAGAAAUUAUUUUGUGAACAGGAGGACACACCUUUUACACAAAACAAAGAGCAUGAAUUGUGGAAGGAAAACAUGAGCAUAAAUAAAGUGAGAUAUCUAGAAGCCAACAAUCGGAGAGGAAAUGAGCAAGAUCAUCUGACAUCCAUGCCAGAAUGCAAACCUCCUCCUCCUUUGCCAUUAUGUCAGGAAGUGCCAUCAAAUCAGCAGUUAUUAACUAAACAGAGUCCAUGUGUCUCAGACACAAGACAGAAGACGUCUUCUUUGAGGAGUAAUUUAGGUCUGCCAAUCAAUUCCACAAAAGAAGUUAAGAGGGCCAGCUGCCAAGAGACCUCCCAGACUGGGCCGCCAUCACCAUGUUCUCCUGUGGUACAAAGCCAGUCACCCAACAGGUCUAUCAGUGGAAGGAAGCUCUGCUCUAGCUGUGGACAAGCUCUGGGGAAAGGAGCAGCCAUGAUCAUUGAAACCCUUGGUCUUUAUUUCCAUAUUCAGUGCUUCAGGUGUGGAAUUUGUAAGGGUCAGCUUGGAGAUGCAGCCAGUGGAACAGAUGUCCGGAUUAGAAAUGGUCUUCUCAACUGCAACAAUUGUUAUAUCAGAUCCAGAACCACAGGUCAGCCAACAACUUUGUGAUGUGGAUCUCUGCGCCUUGCUUACAAAAGUGCUCGGUGAGAAGGAGGGUCACGGCAGCGUCCCUGCCGCUGCUUCUGGACAAUCACUCCUAAGUGCUUCUCCCCACAGGCUUCACGGCCCUCGUCUUGAAAGAAAACGUGACGUCAGCUCCUUUCCGAUGCAAUACCUCUUUUCCUUCCUUAAUUCACUUGCCUCGUGCGUAUGAGGCGCAUGUCUGGACACUCGGCUCCCUUUCUUCCCGUGAGAGAGUGCUCUGUAUUGUCAGUGACGCAUGGUUUCAGAGUCUGCUCCUUUUUUGUGUGUGCAAGUAACAAGGAAAUAAAGAUGCAAUAAAUCUGUUCUAGAACUGAGGAUUUUAAGUUUAUACAACCUUUGUAGAUGUUCUGUAACAUGCCAACAUAUUAAUCUAAUUUAGGUGCAUUAAGUGGGGGGAGAUUAAGCAUCACAGAAAGUGACUUUUCUGUUUAUUAUUGAAGCAAGAACUUGUGGAGGUUUUUUAAAAUUCAAAGACACUACUUUGAUAAGAUAUACUGUAAUACUGCAAUGUUUUACUAUAUUACCUUCAGUGGAGGGUAGGAAUUCUAUGAAUAAACUAUUGCACCUUUAGUCAUGCAAUUUC